AUGACUAAUUGGCAGCUCCUGCCUACUCAUUUUGAAUUUAACUCUACUGGUCAUAGCUUCAUGGUGAGCACUGAGCAGCUUAGGUUCAAAAUUUGUAAGUGAUAAAAUCCAGGUGAAAGGGCCGUGGCUCGUGGGUUUUCUACUAUUGGAUGAUGGAGAGACCCAUAUACGAGGAGGCGAAGAUAUGGAGGGGCAGUAGAGUAAAUUGUCAGGGGCGGAGAAAUUUGAGAGAGAAUUUUACAGAAGAUCGAAGAGGGCAGAGGAAAACCUAAAAAAGCUAAGACGACGAAGAUGAACUGUAACAGUAUUUGAUUGUAGUGAAGAUUAUCUAGUUAUUUUUUGAAUCGUCGCGAUGAUUGGCGAACCAUCACAAUGUUUAUGUUUGAAUCAUCACAACGUUUGAUCAUCAAGCAUUGUGAUGUUUCAUCAAUUCGCGUCUAUAAAUAGCAAUAUUGAAUCAUUCACUGUGUUUUAUAUUAGCUUAUUCGGUAUCUUUCUGUUUACCGUCGGAUUUUUUUUCCAUCGUUCCCUGUGUUUUAUAUUAGCUGCCUAUUAGAGAUCUUUCUGUUGAAGAAUAAAUCGAAAUUAUGACAUCAUAUAUACAAGGUCUAAGCACCGUCCAAAAGCUUCAGCGACUUCAGCAGAGUGACUUAAACGAGAAGGAAAGAGUUGCGGUGGAAGGGAUACUUGAAAAUGCCGUUACACAACUAAAAAUGUUUCAGUCUCAGAUGAAGAAGACAUUCGCUGCAAGCAGGAGUGCUCCCUCACUGAAUUUUGGAGCAAAGCAACAAGAUGGAAAGAUGGAGGAUAUAGUAUGUCAUAAGUGUGGGAAAUUUAAAAAGUUGUAGACAGUGGGAGCGGUGGUGAUAACCGAACUCGAUGUCAUUAGAAGGCUUAAAGCUGGGUGUAAUACAGGAGGUAAUCAAGUUUUAUCCCAGGACAGGGAUGAAAUACUGAGUCGAGCCGUUUGGAGGAAGUUUCAGACUCAUCAGAGAACAACUAGUCCACCUUUGCUGGUUCCGAAGGUUGGAUCUGGUGGUUUUGAAGAAAUGAUCUCUUGUCCACGAAGAGAGCAGAAGUAUCGGCCAACUGACGGUGUAAUGCAGCCAACAUUGAUGAAAUUUGGGCCGAGCGGAGUGGAGGUAAAUCCCGAUCAGGAUAGGACUGCAAACAGCCGCAGUCAUCGAAACUGAGAAUCUACUGGAUAUUCGUCCACAUCUGAAGCCUCCUCCUCAUCUGCUGACUACAGCGAGUUGUAUUCUAGUAGGGAAGAGUCAGACUCCCCUCCGCAACAUGCUAUGCAUUUAGACCGUCAGCGCACAGAUAGAUCUAUAUCUCGGAGUAGUUCUCCUCAAUCCCGCUAUUCAGGUAGCAACAGAAGUUAUACAUCAUAUGAUUCAUAUGAUAGUUACCUGGAGGAGGAAUACCCAGUUGCAUAUAGCAACAGGAGUUAUACAUCAUAUGAUUCAUAUGAUAGUUCCUCGGAGGAGGAGUACCCAGUUGCACGUAGCAACAGGAGUUAUACGUCAUAUGAUUCAUAUGACAGUUCCCCAGAGGAGGAAUACCCAGUUGCAAGGAGGAGUCGAUUUCCCAAGAAUGAUCCGCCACAGAAGAAGAUGGGACAUGUCAGAAGAUUAACCACCAAGCUGGGAGGCAUGUUGCGUCGUGAUCACCAUGGGGAUUCAUCCAAGGACGAUAAGAAUGCACGGGAUCAUCAUCCUUCUGUUCAGAAACCUGUAGGUAAUGGUAAACUCCACCACGAAAUCAAAGGGAAACACAUGCCUAUUCAAACGAGAAGAACGGCAAAAGUUGAGGAAAAGGCAAGCCACCAACAAGGUUUCCUAACACUUGCAAAAAGAGUACGCGGGCACGUUUUUGGGUCGAAGAAAUCGAAACCGUCAUCAUCUGGCGUCAGACGGUUAGAAAGAGCAGUAACAGGUAAGGAAAAAGUUACUGCUAAAAAACGGCAUUGGUGGCACAAAUUGCGAAGGCAGGGAUUACCCAAUAAAAGGGGCAAGGCACCCCUUAAACUGGGGUUUGAGAAUAAGCAUACCCAGCUAAAGGGCCAACAUAGACAUAGGAAAUAAUACUGAGUAUGUUUUGUAAGUAAAUGUCUGCACCAAGUUCUACCAGUCAGUUGAUCUUCAGUUGUUGGAUGAUUUUUGCAAUCUGUGGGUAUGAAUUGCCAUAGAUAGUGGUCGCCUGAGUACUUUGUACUUUGUCAUGUCAUUCAAAUUCUUUCUAAAAUGCAGACAUUUGUUGGUUUCAAAAGAGUAAUAGGUUAUUCUGCUGUUUGAUUUGAGAUUAUUUGGGUGGUUCAUGCAAUUGCUUGUGACCACACCUCCUUGUCCCAUUUUCAUAUUCUGCAUUGUUCCUGUUGAAAUUUGUAUCAUUUGUUCACGACUUCUUGGUCAUGCAA